AUGUGUGCUUUCCACGCCAAAUUUAAAGAAGCAGCUCUUUUUAAAAGAGUAGUUGAAUCACUUAAAUCUACUAUUGACAAAACUAAUUUCGAUUGUAGUGAUGCUGGAAUAGCAGUUCAAUGUAUGGAUAAUUCUCAUGUAUCAUUAGUAUCGCUUUUAAUAGAAACUGAUGCGUUUGAUGAAUUUCAAUGUUUAAAACCAAUUACAUUAGGAAUUAAUUUAACACAUUUAUCUAAAAUACUUAAAGCACUUGACAAUGAUUGUGGAUUAAUUCUAGAUGUUAAAAAAGUAGAUGAUGCUGUUUUAUCAAUUACUUCUGAAGGAACAAAUAAAACAAUGAAAUUUGGUUUAAAUUUAGUUGAUAUUGAAGCAGAAAGUGUUGAAAUUCCAGAACUUCAAUCUGACGCUAUUAUUACACUUUCAUCUGCAGAAUUCCUCAAAAUUACAAAAGACUUUAGUGCUCUUGGAGAUGAUUCUAUUACUAUUGGAUGUACUAAAAAUGAAGUCACUCUCACUACUAAAGGUGCUAUGUGUGAAACUUGUAUGACUCUUUCUGCUCUUGAAAAUGUUGACUCUAAUGGACUUCAAAUAGAACAUAAUAAAGAUGUUACUGCUUCAUUUGCUUUAAAACAAAUUAGUGAAUUUGCUAAAUCUGCCCCUUUGGCUGAUAAUGUUAAAUUAUCUUUAAGUGGACAAGCACCACUUAUAAUGGAAUUUAAAGGAGAAGCUUGUGUGUUAAAAUUCUACUUAGCACCAAAGUUUGAUGAAGAAGAUGAACCUCAAGAGUAA